UCUCGAAGGAAGUAUGAAGUAAAGUAUGGUGCAGAUCUCUUACGAGCAGCGUUGGACUUGGAGCUCGCACAGUUUCUGUGCGCACAGUGCAAAUCAUGGCGAAGGAUGAAGGGGACGAUGUGCUGCCAGACAAGGACGCGGCGAAAGGAUUCUACGCCAAGUACGAGCCCAAGGAGAUCCUAGGAAGGGGAAUAUCUUCCACUGUCAGAAGAUGUAUUGAGAAAGAGACAGGUAGAGAGUACGCAGCUAAAAUUAUAGACAUCAGCAAUGAGACUAACGAGGAUGGGCAUCAUAUGAAGGACGCUACGCUGCAAGAGGUGCAGAUACUUCAUAGAGUUGCUGGACAUCCUUAUAUCAUUGAAUUGCACGAUGUUUUUGAAUCGAACAUUAUAUUUUUAAUCUUUGAAUUGUGUAAAAAUGGAGAAUUGUUUGAUUAUCUUACGUCUGUCGUGACACUGUCUGAAAAGAAGACACGUUAUAUCAUGAGGCAAGUGUUUGAAGGUGUUCAACAUAUACAUGAUCAAAGAAUAGUACACAGGGAUUUAAAGCCUGAGAACAUAUUGCUGGACGAUAACUUGAAUGUGAAGAUAACAGAUUUUGGAUUUGCCAGAAUGUUGAAACCUGGUGAAAAGUUAGACGAUCUUUGCGGUACACCUGGCAAUCUAGCACCGGAAGUAUUA